GAAUAGAAAAAUCAUUGGAUUGAUAGACGCUGAGAAGUGUUUAAUUUUGUUGAACAUGAAGAGUGAGAUAUGGUGAAGUAAAUGAAGUGCUGAGGGUUGUAUACAUGGUGUGUUUCGUUCAGUGGAAAUGAAUCUUCGUGCUGGACUGGCGAUCGUUCUUUUCCUUCUUGCGGAGGUCGACUGUGCGAUGCUGAUGAUCCCGAGGGAGAACCAUUCUGCCUGCGGAUGUCCAGCAGCAUCGCACAGGCAACCACGGGCGGCCCUCUUGGAAAGUAGCAGGGUCAAUUCUACCCUCGAUGGAAGAAAAAUUGUCGCGACCACGACUGGUCGAAUAUUCAAUGGUAAACCAAGUAAGAGAGGAUCCUGGCCAUGGCAGGUUUCUCUUCAGCUGCUGCAUCCGAAGCUAGGAUUUAUCGGUCACUGGUGCGGUGGUGUUCUCAUUGAACCUAGCUGGGUCGUCACGGCCGCUCAUUGCAUUCAUAAUGAACUUUUCAACUUGCCAAUUGGUGCUUUAUGGACAGCAGUUGUAGGAGAAUGGGAGUUGGAUGCCGGUGGAAGAGGUUCGGCUAGAUUACCUGUUGAACGAGUGAUCCUCCACGAAAGAUUUAAUAAUUAUAUGCACGACAUUGCUUUGAUGAAACUCGCUAGGCCAGCUCCUUUAUCCAAGGUGGUGCGAACGAUUUGCUUACCAGAUCCAGAAGAAGAGCUUGCGAAAGGCCAGUGUAUCGCUUCUGGUUGGGGUCGCUAUGGACCCUCCCAAUCACUUUCAACAUCGCUUUUAGAAGCCUCGGUACCAUUGCUCGAUCUUGAGAAAUGUACGCAAGCUUAUGGGAAAUCGGUACCACUUCGAAGCGGCCAUCUUUGUGCUGGUCACACCGAUGGCUCUUCCGGAAGUUGUGUAGGUGAUUCAGGAGGACCAUUGCAGUGUCGUCGUGCAGACGGUGUCUGGCAAUUGGCAGGCGUCACCUCCUUCGGAUCGGGAUGUGCCAGACCAGGCUUUCCUGACGUAUACACUAGGAUACAGUACUACGUGAAGUGGAUAAGGAAGAUCAUGAAGAGUCAUAGCAACGAUGAUGACGACGCGCAAUUUUUAUAAUUCAAAAUAUAUAACUCCUGUCACCUAGAAGAUUUCCAACAAAUUAUUUAUUAUCACUUCUAGAUCAAUACUGAAGAAGUGAUCUUUAGUAAAGAUAUUUGAAAAAAGACAUUAGAAACGUGAUACAAAACUUGUUGCAUAUCUCGACUAGGAAAUAAAGAAAGUCAGGAUAUUGUAGUGUACAGAAGAAUAUCCAUCCGUUGUAAUAGAAAUGGAGAAUACAGAAGAAGUAACUUUGAUGAAAAAUAUUAUUUGCCAGAGGCUAAGGUAUAUCUGGCUGGAUAUCUUCUUCCUGUUCUCGAUACACGUGGAAAUAUCUGCAUUUAAAUGAGUCUCAUGGUUGCAAUCGUCGAAACUGCGUUUCGCGUCCUCUUUUUCAUCCACGUUACGCAACCCUCUUGCGAUUGUGCGUAGCGAUUGCAUCUUCUCUAGAGGAUGAAAUUAGAAAUAUCGAUUUACCAGGACACACAUAGAACGUAUUGUGGCAAGUAGUAGAGGCAGAGUACACAAUUGAUGCCUAGUAGCAUCCAUUAAUUAGCUUAAUACGAACCACUCAGCAUACCGAAAGCAUACUCUGAUCGAGUUUCGUUUGCAGACAUGUUUGCUAGC